AUGCAAAAGACAGUCAACACCACGCGUAAGGAAUGGUCGCUCAAGCUUGACGAUGCUCUCUGGACCUACAUAACAGCUUACAAGACGCCUUUAGGGACCACUACAUAUCAUUUGGUCUAUGACAAAGCGUGCCACCUUCCUGUUGAACUGGAGCAUAAGGCUGCUUGGAUUGUUAAAUUGCUGAACUUUGACAUCAAAUCAGCCAAGGAGAAGAGAACACUCCAAAUCCAUGAGUUAGAAGAAAUAAGGCAUCUUGCCUAUGAAAGCUCCAAAAUCUACAAGGAGAAGACCAAGGCAUACCAUGAAAAGCGGAUCAUCAGCAGAAGCUUCGCUCCAAAUGAUCAGGUCCUAAUUUUCAACUCCAGGGUCAAGUUGUUCCCUGAAAAGCUUAAAUCCAGAUGGUCUAGGCCUUUCACCAUCAAGGAAGUCCGUCCCUAUGGAGCUAUUGUGUUGUUGGAUAAAAGAGGAGGAGAGUUUGUUGUUAAUGUUCAGCGCCUCAAGCCUUAUCUUGCUGACAUAACCAUCAUCAAAGGUGUAGAAAUACCCUUGAGCGAUCCUCUUUAG